AUGAGUAACCGCCAUCUGCCGGCUGGGCAGAAUAUACAGGGAGGAUCUGGUAUCCUAGGCACCGAUAUAGUCGGCGGUCCCGGAGCGCCUCGCCGGAGGCAGCCUCCUCCUCCCUUUGUUCCUCAGUCCCAGUACCAGCAGCAGCAUCACCAACAUCACCAUCAGCCCGCAACUCACAUGUAUAAUAACUACAUGAACUUCAGCCAGCCGUAUUAUGGAUACCCGCCGCAGUAUCAAGGAGUUCACUACCACAACACUCAGUACCAAAACGCACAGUAUCAAGGUGGACAAUACCAAGCUGGGCAGUUCCAGAAUGGCCAGUACCAAAACGCACAGUACCACAAUGCCGGAAUACCUUCACCCGGUGGUUAUAUGCCCUUCCAACAGCAGCACUAUGCACGAUCGCCGCCCGCUAUGCAGCAAUAUGUUCCCAUGUCUGGUGUGAGCGUCCCUCCGAGCUACCCAACCCGCCCAGCUCAGCAACAAUCUCCUGCUUUGCCAACUCCCUAUCAGCCUCCUGCUCCGGCCUCACUUCCACCCCAGACUCCUACUUCAACCCACUCGUCGCAGAUAGUUCCCACUCCAACUCCUCCGGUCCCGCAGGAGACUGAGCCAGCGCCCCCCGCUCCUCCUGUUGCCCCGGCUGAGCCCCCACGAGAGCCUUCGCCCGCAACUGCUGCUGAUAUUGUUACUGCUACUUCUCCCCCUCCCGCUCUGAGAGAACCAUUCCGUGCACCUCUACCAUGGUACUCUCACCCUGACGAAAAGUUUCCUGUUCGAACUACAAAGUCUAAAAGAUGGAGGAGGCGCCUCAACGCGGACAGUGCAAAUGUUUCUCUGCCGGCUAUUGACCAGCAUAACGUUGCUGCAGAGCAGGCCAGUGUUCCCGAAGCUAGCUCUACAGAACCUUCUAUCUCGGCUCUUACCCCUGCGACAUCAACAGCUCCAUCCGAAGCUGCGGCAACUCCUCGCCAGUCUCCUACUCCUGUACAGCAACGAUCGCGCACCAACACUGCUACCAGCGUUACCUCGACUGCAACGAACCGACCUGCCACACGCUCCUCCGCUGCUCCCGCCCCUGCGCUUCCGUCGCUUCCCAAGGCGAACACUAAGGAUGCUAAGCCUGCACGUGCUGAAAAGCCUGUGAACGGCGACGUAGCUACCGAAGGUGCCCCUGAGAAGGCUGUCGCUGCUGAAGAUUCCGACAAGCCUAUGGACUCUGAAUCAGUCACAACUGAGGCCGCUCCUGCUGUUAAAGCUCCGCCUUCUAGUUGGGCGAAGCUCUUUUCGAAGCCCGCUUCUGCAGCUGCUGGAAAGACUGAGGGUCCUAAUGGUGCUGCUCCUGCUGAUACUGUCACUAAUGGCCAUGCUACCGAAAGUGUUUCUGGAACCCCGAACGGUGCUGCCCCCAGCUUCUCCAAAGUCAACGCCAACUCGGUUGCGGAGGCUAUUCACACGUUCCAUGUUGGUCUCGCCGAUCAAGUCGCGUUCCUCGAGCCCCGCGGUCUGAUCAACACCGGUAAUAUGUGUUACAUGAACUCUGUUUUGCAAGUUUUGAUGUUUUGUUUGCCAUUUUAUGAUUUCCUCAGCCAGAUCAGCAAGCGUGCUGUUCACAGCUUCAAGAGCGAUACUCCUCUUAUCGAUGCAAUGAUCAUGUUUAUGCAUGAGUUCAAGACCAUCAAGUCUGCUGCCGGUGUUGAACCUCUACGUAUGGCUCUGAAGAACGAGGAGCUCGAACGUUAUGGGGAGCCUUUCACUCCCGAAUUCGUUUACGAAGCCAUAAGGCAGCUUCCGCGUUUCGCUAGCAUGAGGCGGGGUCAUCAGCAAGAUGCCGAGGAAUUUCUUGGUUUCCUCCUACAGUCACUUGAUGACGAGUGCACUACCGUCCUCAAGAACUUUACCCCCGACGAAGCGGAGCACCAACCUAGUGCUGGCUCUGAUGCUGGUGGUACUGACGAUUGGAUGGAAGUUGGCAGAAAGCAAAAGUCUGCUGUUUCUCGAUCUUCCGGAUCUAACUCAUCUAGCCCCAUUUCCAGGAUCUUUGGUGGUUUGUUGCGAUCUGAGUUCCGUGUCCCUGGCCUUAAGGAUUCUAUCACUACUGAGCCUUAUCAGCCUCUUCAGCUGGACAUUGGGUCAUCUGAUGUGCGCAAUGUCGUGGAUGCGCUCCGAGGUCUUACUCGACCUGAGCGUCUUCAGGGAGAUUUCAACUCUUCUCGCGGCAAGGAGGUUACAGCCACCAAGCAGGUUUUCAUCGAGUCACUUCCUCCUGUCCUCAUCCUACAUCUCAAGCGCUUCCAGUUCGACGCAGAGGGUAACGGAACUGUCAAGAUUUGGAAGAAGAUCGGUUAUCCGUUGGAGCUUGAGAUUCCCCGCGAAGCCUUGUCUCGGCAGAAACGCCAGACUUUGAGUGAAGAGGGAAUGCCCAAGUAUAAGUUGAUUAGCGUGGUUUACCAUCAUGGAAAGAACGCUAGUGGUGGGCAUUACACUGUCGAUGUGCGACGACAGGAAGGGCGCGAAUGGAUUCGUAUCGAUGAUACUAUCAUCCGCAGAGUUCGAAGUGAAGACGUCGCUGAGGGCGGCGAAGAGGAGGAAGUGAAGGACGCCCGUAAGGAGGGCCAUACGUCGGGUAACCGAUUUGGUGCUGUUCUGGACGACGACACUGGAGAUGAUGACGGAUGGAGCAAGGUCACUGGUCCUGCUGGAGGAGCAAAGAAAUGGAGCAGCGUUGCUAACGGUACCAAUGGCGCCGCCAAGCCAGCCAAGCCGAUCAAGGAUAACAUCAAGGACAACAAGGUUGCCUACCUGCUCUUCUACCAACGAGUAUAA